AAAAUGUAGUCUGCAUAACACGAGCAUCAAACUUCAACGGAAAAAGAUUGCAUGGAACUAUAGUUUGUAAACCCUCCGCACUAUUUUAACAGUGUAGGUCCACUUUUCUAUAAUAAUUUGAUCAGAACAUGUUAUAAUAAUUGUUUAUGUGGAUAUACAGGAAAAAAUUUAACUAAUAUGACAUGUAGUACAUCGUUAAAUAUAAGCCUAUGUCAUUCAUGCGUGAUGUAAGAGUAUGUACAGGAGGUAGACCUGAUUCAACGGUAUGGAAUUCAUUGUGUUAUUUUGUAUACACAUCAACGCUUUUUCUGUAUAGCCGUUCUCUAAACUCUCAAUACGCCCAUUGAUGGCCGACCUCUACAAAGCUAAAUUCACAUGACAUAAAGCUAAUCAGGAUUUGUAGGCCUACGCUCUACGUUUUUGUAGUUGAUCGAGACUGUGAUAUCCAUGUAUUUUUCUAUACACUCGUCUAUAUGAUUCUGUGUGUACAAGUUUUGACAAGAUCAACGUUGGUUCCAUAGAAAUGCUGUACGUUAUUAUCCUGUUAAUGUGUAACUUGCACAUGACGUGUCAACAGAUAUCAAGAGACCACGCUUGUGACCUGAGUACAGAUGCCGAAACGGUUAUUAUUCCGACAACGGUUAAAUAUACCUUUCCGUUUUCUGCGUCAACAAUUUCACCACGAAUUCUCUACAAUGACGUCGGCGAACAGUUCACCAACUAUGCAGAAAAAUUCAAUGAAGAGGUCGGACCAUAUCUAGCGCAGGAGGAAUCGCUGGGUCUCUCCGAUGUCACAACAAUUCGUUUCCGCCAAUCUGCUGAUCGUUCUGAUUUUGCCUUGGUUGAUUUUAUUGUAAGUUGUGAAGAAAAUGUCACAUAUGACGUCAUCAAUGCAGCCAUGAUGAAUGUUGCAGAGAAAACAGAUUACAUAGAUCUAAGCAGCUUGGAAGUUAAUAAGCAUGUAAUAUAUUGCCUGCGACAGGAAUUUGAGACUAAGGUAGGAACAUUCACUUGGCCAGUUACGCUGGAAGGGUCAACAGUCACAACCGAAGAGUCCUGCUCUGAAGAUUCCGUAAACGGUGUUGAAUUUAAAUUGGCUGUAAGGCAAUGUGUACAAUCUGAUAACGGUGCUUACUGGGACAGUUUCCAAUGCACAGACUGUGGCGGAGCAUCUGCAAGCUACCUUUUACGUCAACUAUUUAGUUCUCUUCCAAAUGGAGAUAGUGUUGAAGAGCUUAUGAAGCAAGUGGCCAACAUAACUGAAAUGACGGAGAGUAUUCGUGUAGACGGCUUAGAAGCAGCAGUAAAUAUAAUAGAGUACAUUGUACAAGAAUCGCCUGUAUUAACUGUCGAGGUGAAAAACAGAACGUUGAACAAAGAUUGCCAAACGUGGGAUUGGUCAAAAGAUGAAGGUAAAGGUGGAUGGACCGAAGAAGGGUGCACGAUAUCCGAGGAAGGACAAUACAUCCAUUGUACUUGCAACAGCUACUCAAGUUUUGCAGUUGCUAUGGACGUUUACGGAAUUCCAAUAACGGUGUAUCACAAGUACACCAUAAGCAGAGUUGGUAGUGCCAUAGCAACAAUAUUACUUCUUCUAACAGUUUUAAUAUUCGUUUGUCUCAAGGAUCUUAGAAAUAGCAAACCACAUCAGAUUUUAGCCCACCUAUUCUCGGCUUUAGCCAUUUGGCACUUAUUCUUCACUGUUGGAAUCGAUCUAACCAGCAACAGAGAAGUUUGUGCAACUUUUGGAAUCUUAAUGCAUUAUGGGAUAUUGGUUUCGUUGAGCUGGAUGAUUGUGGGCGCUAUUGAUAUCUACAUCGUAUUUGUCACAGCAAGGGCACUGCCUAUUAAAAGCUUUGUAUUGAAGUCAUCGGUCUUGGCUUGGGGAAUACCUCUGGUUAUUGUCAUCAUAGUAGCAGCCAUUGAUUUAGAUUCUUAUAUAGAAAAAGAUCAACAUUGCUUCAUUGUCAAAAGUCCAGCUUUGGUUUUCAUUAUUUCGAUGAUUGUACCGGUCUUCGCUGCAGUAUGCUCAAUUUCUAUUGUAUAUUUUAUGGCCUGUAAUAUGUCAGUACCAUUAAUAGAUGGAAAGAUUGAGGAUGAAGGUGAUCCAAUGUUUCGAAAACGUCAACAAGCGCGUGUUCUUGUCAUAGCAUCUAGCGUAAUUGUCAUUCUUGGAAUUCUUACUGUUAUAUUUGGAUUUAUAGCAAUAUUUAGCGCCACCACGGGGACAGAUGGUUUGUUUUUCCUGUUUAGUAUUCUUGAGGGAUCUGCGAUCUUCGGGACAUGUUGUGUCUGGCCGUCGGAAGUUCGUCAUUUGUGGCUGAAGAAACUCGGAGUUUUGAAAAAGAAUCCAACGAAGCAAGGAGUUUUUCAGCCAUACUGGUCACUUUCAAAAUGGACUUCAAAAUCUGUUUUACCGGAAGCUGAGCCUCAGUUUUUCUUAGAUAAUACAAUGCAAGGAAAUGGGAUAAUCACGCCCCAAAAUAUUGUAUUAGAAACGUUUGCAAUGCCUGACAUUUCAAAUAACACACUGAGAGAAAGUACCGCAUAGAAACUUGAUUCGUCUUUUCAACAAAACAUAAUAUUCUCUCAACUGUACAAAAACGGACUCUGUCAAACAUGGAUGAUUUUUUGUCAUGCACAGAGUGGCGGAUCUAGGAUUUAGUA